AGCACCCGAUCAUACUCCCCACUUUAUUCCCUCCCAAUUUGUUCUCUUUUUCACUUCUAUCACGUACGGUUUGUUUAUUCAAUUCCUUCCUUUUUCGUCUCAAAACCAACAACCACCUCUCCCUUCUCUUUCUCUCAGGAAAGGUUCGUAUAUCACCUCUCUCUCUCUCUCUCUCUCUCUGAGCCGUUCGAUUCUUUGACCAUCAGGAGUCAACGUUAAAUCCAACGUCCAAGUCCUCUCAUGUUACGCAUAUGGAAGAAUCCAACAGGGCAAGAGAUCCAUAUUUUUCUCUUCAUGUGCACACAUGUUCAGAAUUGAUUCAUGUAAGAGGGUCCUGCAAUAUUAUUUCUCUUUAAGGGCUCCAUGAAGGCAAAAUGAAGGUUGGUGCUGUUUCCUAACUCCAGAUUUGAAUAAUUUUGUCCUUUUUAAGGGGAUAUGGGACAUAGGCACUUUUCCAACUCAUUGCAAAUGCCUGAGUUUGAGAUGGACCAAGACUUUCAUCAUAGUCGUGGAACUGCUGAACAGUCUUACAUUCAUAUGGCAGGAAGGGCUGUUGCUCCAGAAAAUGGUUCUAUCAUUUAUCCAAUGGAAAAUGCACUGAUGAGUGGAGUAUACUGUGCCUCUUACCGGAACUUGGAAUGCAGGCCUGUUCAACAUUCCUUCUCUGGCGUUAGAGUGGAAGGUCCACAUAUUCCAGUGGCUGAUGCAGGAUCAUCAUGUGAUCCCUUUCCACAUUCUUCAGCUUAUCUGCACCCAGAGAAUAGUGCCAGCCAUGCUCCUUUAAGUUACUAUAAUGGGCACAACAUCCAAGAAGUGCAAGGUGGUGUAUUAGAUCCUACAAUGGGCACUGGAAGAAGUCCUUUCAAAAGAAAAAGCCCUGGACUUUCUUUAGCCUGUGAUGGAGGCAGCACAAGCAGAUUUUACGUUGCUGGAAGUUCCUCUGGUUCUUCUGAAUCUCAUCCAGGGAAAUCAACUUCAGACUGUCAAAACUAUACUUCAAGUUCCAUUGGCUUCCCUCCCUACAGGGGUGGCAGCCCCCUGUUUGGCAGUGAAGAUUCUCUAAGGAAUGUGAGAAGCCGAUCUAGACUGGAUUUGGAACCCACCAUAGGGAGAACUUACAUAUCAAAUCAAUCUUCUCAUCAUUACCAUCCAGUGACUCAUUCGGCCAGCCAAUCUGGAAGACUAGACAUUACUUAUACAAAUGUUGAUGUAAACACUCAUAAUCAGAACCAUUCCACUCCACCUCCUGCUGCAUACGGAAGGUUUCUGGCUUCAGAAAUCAAUGGAAUGAGCCAUGAGAGGAAUCAGUAUCUUCUUGGAGCAAGUACUGCAGAUAUUGGUCAUUUACACCUUAAUUCCAUACCAAGCAGAAAUCCCUUUCCAUCACCUCCACAAUAUCCUCAUGGUAUCUAUGCGCAGACCACAUGUGAAGGUCAUGGUAAUUACUCUCGAAGAGCUACAUCUUCAUAUAGAGCCAGUCCAAGUUUCUCCCAAUUGGGACAUGAAGCAGCUCACUCUGAAAAUGGUCUUCAGCUUCUCUCAGAACCUUCCUCUUACAGAUAUUCAAGGUCAUCGUCUGGCAGAGGCUGGCGUAAUACUCAUUGGGACGGAAGGUCAAGGAUAGCGAAUGAGAGAUUCAAAUCACUUUCUAAUGCUGCGGAUGCACAUGAUAGAAUGGGACCUGAGGCUAUAAUGAUGGCUGAUCACUCACCUGUGUAUGGCUCCAGAAAUUUGAUUGAUCGGUAUAGGGACAUGAGGCUUGAUGUUGAUAACAUGAAUUAUGAGGAACUACUUGCUCUAGGAGAAAGAAUAGGGCAUGUAAGCACUGGCUUGUCCGAGAAUAUGAUUUCAAAGUGUUUAAUGGAGACACCAUAUUCUUCAUCAGAACUUAUCCUGGAGGACCGCUGUGCUAUUUGCCUUGAAGAGUACAAGAUUGAGGAGGAACUUGGGAAAGUGAAGAACUGUGGCCAUGAGUACCAUGUGGACUGCAUCAAGAAAUGGUUAUUGAUAAAGAAUGCCUGCCCCAUCUGCAAAGCUCCUGCUCUAUCUGAUAGUUCGAAGGAGCAAUAGUUAACAUUUACUCUUAUGUUCUUUCAAUCUCAUUCUUGUAAAUAUAUAAAUGGAAUUGAUGAAGGGAGUUACAGAGACCUCUCAUGGAAUGUGUAUAGAAUGUUUGAAGAAACUUGGUUUAUUCUCAGUUCACUUA